CCUUUUGCGACUUAACACCAACUUGAAGGAAGUGCCAGUGCAAAAGAUUUCUCCUGUAUAUAAACAGCCAAAAUGAAUUGGGUUUCAUUUUAACCCGAUGGACUAAUGCUGGGAUUGCUUUACCGGGAAUACGCGUGUAAUCUGUAAGAUUGAUUUAAACCUUUUUUUUCUGCAUUCCUGUAAAAACAUAAACAUAAAAUAUGGUUUUAUGGUCGCUCCUUUUUUAAAGGUAUCCUCCAGUCAGAGAGAAAAUCACCAAACAAGUGACAGAAUGAUUUUACUGCUCUUUAUUGCACUUCUUUCGAGAACUGCUUUGGCCGAUGGCCAUCAUGACUCCGAAGAAUACUCAUUCUCUCCACAUGUGGGCUCGGGACAAGGUAUUUCCUAUGCCCUCACCGGCAGUGGGCGGAUUACCGGUGUCCGAUUGUGGGAGGCCAGCAACAACUUCGUCUAUGGCAUCCAACUUCGCUAUGACUACACGUGGACCGACAUAGCAGGCCGGGAGUUGGGCAUAAUGCAGGAGAUCGAGUUGUUUCACGACGAGUUCAUCGUGCAGAUCUCUGGAAAAUAUACACACAACAUCCAGUCUCUGGUGAUCACGACUAACUUGGGUCGUUCCCUCUACGCGGGGCGGCCGACGGGGCACUCGUUCAACAUGUACCCGGACAACGAGAAGGGUGAACUGCGCCUCAUCAGCGGCCGAUUCCACGGUGCCAUCACCUCCCUGGGGGCGCACUGGGGCGUACGUCCUGAGCCUGAUUAUGGAUCACAUUAUGGCAAAUACUAUUAAAGAAGAAGAAUGAUUUGUACUUAAUAAAACACUCUCUUUGCCUGCUGAC